AUGUCAAGCAUCUACUGGCAAUGGCGAUGCGGGCUGUCCUCUUCGGCGAAUGAUGCGGGCGCGCCAUACUCGAUGGAACCCCAGAUCACACAACCUUCGGGACUCCAGACCAACAGGCUCUCGUCUGAUUGGACACCACCGUCACCGCCUCGACGUCCCCUCACCACCAUCCCACACGCUUCUCUCCGAAGGGUGUGCUCCUCGAUGGGGGUCAAGCUGCUGUGCGACGAAACGGGAUCCAGACUUCCCAUGAUGGGCGAUCGGGGCCGCAUCACAGUGAAGCACGUGAGCCUCGAGCUUUCGAUCGAAGCAAUGCAGAAGCAAUGCACACUGGGAGGAGUGCGUGUGGGUGUGGAUAGCAACGGAAAACUGUGGAACCGCGACUCGCGGCUUGAGGCACGCCAAAAAGACUUUUGAAUUGUCGCGUUGAUUUUGAUCUGCGCUAUUUCUGCCCGUGUUGGAGACGCCAUGCCAUACGGAGAGUGAAGGUUUUUUUUUUUUUUUGGUAUUCGUUCUUCUUCGAUUUUGCAUUACAGUGUCGCUGAAUAUGUUUGGUGCGAGCACUGUUGCGGCAGCUAGUUGACCUGGCUGCGAUCGAAAGCCAGAUCGGUGCACGACGUGUCAAGGUGAGGUCGAAGGGCACCACAACGGACCAAUCUUUAGGUGUCUUGGUAGAUAGAAUCCAUGCGAGUUCCCAGAACAAAAGUGUGAGAUGGUCUGUCGCACGGCAAGCCGAUAUUUUCAAAGCCUCUCACCCGAUUCAGAGAGCGCUGGACUCAACGAGCUGGCGGUUGUCAAUCGAAGAUUCAAUCCCUGCCAGGGAGGUGACGUGGUGACCCCCC